ACUCUUGGCUUCGUCUCCUUGCUUCUCUCGGAAGCCUCUCGCUUUGGUUUGAUUUUCCCUCCAAUUCCACCGCAUCAAAACCAUCGCGUCGUCGGCGAGAUGGCGGCGGCGUCGUCGUCGUCGGCGUCCGCCGCCGCGGUGGCGCGGCUGCGGGAGCUGACGCCGGCGCCGGGGGCGGAGCUCUCGGAGACCGGCGCGGCCGCGCUCGCCGAGUGCUGCGCGCGCCUCCUCAUCUCCGCCGCGGGGGGCGACGCCGGGGCCGCGCGGCCGGCGCUCGACGCGCUGUGCGCGGCGAGCGGGGAGGCGAUGCGGCGCCACUCCGAUGAGCUCGCGCCGCUGGUCGUCGGGCGGCUCGGGGACGGCGACCCGGCCGUGCGGGACGCGGCCAGGAGAUUCCUCGUGCGGCUCAUGGAGAUGAAGGAGAUGAAUGCAAGGAUGGGAAAUGGAGAAAAAACCCCAUGCAUAUCAGAUGUCCAAGACAACCGAUGUAUGACAAUACAAAUUGAACCAACGGAUACCAAUCAAGCAAAGAAAAGUCCCAAAGUGAAGAUUGUUACAAGAGAUGCCUCACUUCUUGCAGGAGAUGGAGAUAUUACAAGAAAAUCGCUUGGACCAAUAAAGGUAUUCUCUGAGAAGGACCUAUCAAGAGAAAUAGAAAGAGUAGCAUCUACUUUACAUCCAGAUAAUGAAUGGGCAAUACGAAUAACUGCAAUGCAAAGAGUGGAAGGCUUAGUUCUCGGAGGUGCUGCCGACUAUUCAGCCUUCCCUAUGCUCCUAAAGCAGCUUGUGACCCCACUCAUAACCCAGAUUCUGGAUAGGAGAUCAAGUGUUGUGAAACAGGCAUGCCAUUUGCUAAAUUUCUUAUCAAAAGAACUGCUACGUGACUUUGAACCGUGCGCUGAACUGCUUAUUCCGGUCCUUCUUAAGAAUGUUGUGAUCACUAUUCAUGUAAUUGCUGAGUCCUCGGAUAAUUGUAUAAAAGAGAUGCUGCGGAACUGCAAAGUAGCUCGUAUUCUACCAAAAAUUAUUGAAUUUGCAAAGAAUGAUAAAAGUGCAGUUCUCCGUGCCAGGUGUUGUGAGUACGCAAUAUUGAUGUUGGAGUUAUGGGUUGAUACUCCAGAAAUACAGAGAUCAGUUGAUCUGUAUGAAGAAUUCAUAAAAUGUUGUAUAGAAGAUGCAACUAGUGAGGUCCGAUCAAGUGCUAGAGCAUGCUACAGAAUGUUUUCAAGGAUUUGGCCUGAACGUUCGCAUCAGUUGUUUUCAUCGUUUGAAUCAUCCAGGCAGAAAAUGAUAAAUGAUGAAGAUGCUGAGACACAGCAAAGGCAUCUUUCUCCUGUAGAAAGAGUUAAAUUGAUGCAGCCUCAAUCUAGUUCUUGUAAUUCAACUGAAAUUGACAAAGUUGUCAAGGUCGAUUCUGGAACAUCGUUUUCUUCUGUAGACCUUCAAUCAGUACAAGUGAAAGCAUCCGUUCAGCAUGAUGAUAUGACCUCAAAAAUUCAGCCUGAAGGCAAAACUGAUGGCACUACAACUACUGGAAGUUCAUUUAAAGAUACCAGUACGUUAGAAAAAGAAACAAGCCCAGACAAAGGCCCUGAUCCUGAUAAAUGUGAUUCAGCCAAUACUGCAGGUGUCAAUUUAUCAUCUUGUGAUCCAUCCUCUGCCACUCAAUUUAUACUAGAACCUACUUCAGAAUUGCUACCGUCUGAUGCAACUGUUGUAACAAUUGUUCAAGACAAGGCUGAAUGCAGGCCAAAUACUGAACAGCUGACUCAGCAAGUUCAAGUUUUGGGACAUCCUUCUGAUCUGCUGAACCGUUCACCUCCUGUUAGUUUGAAAGAAUCAGGAAACUCGCUGAAACAUAACCCUAUUCAAGUGAACUUUGAUGGUAGCUCAGGUGGAAAACUAGGAGCUCAGAAAGUGAAGCAUCAUACUAGCGCUCCUAAUAAGAGUGUUGUUCGUAAGGAGCCGCGGAACAAUUACAUUCCCAACUUCCGGCGUCCUCUCUUGAGUAAGCAGAUGACAAACUGGUUUUAUGCCAGUAACAGAAGUGAUUUAGAUGACAAGCAACUCAUUUUGGGUGAAAUGGUCAGCAACAUGGAUGUGCCCUCCUCUCUCACCGAGGCACUUUCUUUGGGUCUUAAACCAAAGUCAGAUUGGAUGAUGAGGGUAUACGCAUUCAAUUUCUUAAGACAAUCUUUGCUAGAGCAGGGACCAAGAGGCAUUCAGGAGGUUGCACAAAAUUUUGACAAGGUUAUGAGGUUUGUUAGUCGUUACCUGGCUGAUCCUCAUCAUAAAAUAGCACAGGCUGCUCUCUCAUCACUUUCAGAGAUCAUGCCAGUUUUUAAGAAGCCUUUUGAACAUUAUCUGGACAAGACUCUGCCUCAUGUUUUCUCUCAGCUGAAUGAUCCAAAGGAAUCCAUCAAGCAGCAGUGCUCAGCAAUUUUGAAACUUGCAGGUGAAAUCUAUUCCAUUGAUUCGCUCUUACCGGCCCUACUUCGUACACUAGAAGAACAGAAAUCUCCCAAGUCAAAAUUGGCAAUUAUUGAGUUUGCAAACUCUUCUUUUGUAAAAUGCACAGUCAGUUCUGACAACUAUUCUAGCAGCAGCUUCCUUAAGCCAUGGCUUGAAAAGCUAGCUCUUUUGUUCAAGGACAAAAACAGUAAGCUAAAAGAGGUUAGCGUUGCUGGUUUCUCAUCAAUCUAUUCUCACUACGAUCCUGCAUCUUUGUUAAGCUUUCUAGUUAGCUUGUCAAUGGAAGAACAAAAGAGAUUAAGACGGGCAAUAAAGCAGUUGAUCCCUACAAUAGAGAGCGACUUGGAAGAGUUUUUGCAACAAAGGAAACAUAAGCCAAAGGUGCCACUAUUUGAUUCUUUUGUUGGUGCAUAUCAACCUUAUGCUAAAGGUUUAGUCAUAAAGCAAAAUAAGCACCAUCUGCAUGCCACAUAUCAGUCUGAUUGCCUUCAGGCUGAUGAUGUGUUCGAUUCUGCACUCCACUGUCUCCCAAGAAUUUCUUUGGAAGUUCGUGAGCGACGCGCUGGGAAAAUUGAAUCUGAAUCUUACGAUGAAUCUAAUGGUCAUGAUGCUGAAAUGAUGGACAAGAAAUCUAGUGAUACAAGGUCGAGUGACCCCCCUAGAACAUUUGAUUAUAAUGUGAUAUCAGAUAACACAGUUGAGAGUCCAAGAAAAGAGGGUACUGACAUCAAGAGAUUUGAGGAAUCAAACGAGAGUGAACUGAACAUAACUGUCAGAAAUAGGAAUGUCAUAUUGAAUAGCUGUCAAGAUCAUGGACCAAGCAUUUCCAGGACAUAUCAUCAGGAUGAAAUGAGUCAAAUGGAAGAAGUUCCAGAGAUAAAUGGCCCUUCCGUGUCAAUCAAGAAUUUACAACAGAUGUCCUCUUCUCUACUUGAGAUGCUUGAUGAUCCAGAGGAAUCCACCAGAGAGCUUGCACUUACUCUAUUGGUUGAAAUUCUUGAAAAGCAACGAAAGGCAAUGGAGAACUGUAUCGAUACUCUUAUAGUUAAAUUGCUGCAUGCAACCAAAGAUGCUGCCUUGAAGGUUGUAAAUCAAGCCCAUAUCUGUUUGACAACGGUGGUUACUCAAUUUGAUCCGCUGACAUGCCUAAGAGCAAUUGCUUCUCAGUUGGCCAACCAGGAUGAAAAAGUUCUUAUUGUCAGCAUCAACAGUUUGAGCAAGCUUGUUAUUCGAUUAUCACAGGACAAUCUUAUGGCACAUUUGUCGAUAUUUCUUCCUGCACUCCUGGACGCCUUCGAAAACCAUAGUCCAUAUGUCCGCAAGGCUGUGGUGUUGUGCUUGGUGGAUACGUACCUGAAGCUCGGGCCAGCGUUCUUGCCGUAUUUGGAGAGGCUGGACAGCGCCCAGCUGCAGCUGGUAACCACGUACGCCAGCAGGCUGUCCCAGACGAGCUUUAUUGCUGUGGACGCUUGAUGCAGGCAACCCAGCAGCAACAGCAGCAGCAGCAGAAGACGCAAUGCUUGUUUCAACGAUAACUCUCCACCGUUGGUUAGCCUUAGCCUUCUCUUUCUUUUUAUUUAUGGCCAUGUGUGCACAAUAAGGGCAGCAGCUCAGCUCUCUCCCCCUUUCUCCAAAUUUAUGAGCAUAGUAGAAUAGAUCUCUAUACUGUAAAUCAUAAUUACCUGUUUUUACUACCCAGAAAUGAGAUACAUGCAUGUAGGCAGUGCAGAUUGUACAACCAAUGGAAGAAUAGUAGUACUAGCAUUUUCAUCCUGUUUGCUACAGCUUAUGUGAUCUAAAGGAAAGGAAGAAAAAAAUAUAAUGGGUGUGCAGUUCAUAGGCUGUGAGAUUUCCAA